AUGAUUAGAAAACCAGAAGGAAAUGAUAAGUUUUAUUUACGUUUUAAAAAAUAUUUUGAAAGGGAUGGUGUUGUGAAGCUUUAUUUUAAAGGAAAAUGGGUUUGCUUAAUAUCUGAUCCAACAAUUGCUAAAGAUUUAUGUUUAAGAACUGGAUCUAUAACUGAACGGCAUUUUGGCGUGAAUGUUGUACAUUCAAAUGGUGAUAAUCUUGAAGAUCCACAUAAUGUCUACGUAACAGCUUACAAUGAAGCUCAUAAAGUGUUUAGAAAUCCAUUUUUUUCUCUUAUUUCAAUUGAACGUAUUCCGAUUUUGAGACAACUAGCAUUUAGAAAAAUUGAUAGAUUAAACAAUUUAUUAGAGGAUAUUAUUAAAGAAAAACGUAAAUCUUUAGCUGCUGGACAAUCUAAUGGUGAUCUUUUGGAACUUAUGCUAAAGGCUUGUGAAGAUUCCGAUAAUCCAACAUUAUCAGAUAUUGAACUAAGACAUAAUUUAGCCAUUUUUAUGGUUGCAGGCCAUGACACAACUGCAACUGCUUUAUCGACUCUUUUAUAUCUUUUAGCAGUUCAUAAAGAUGUUCAAAGAAAAGCCCGAGAAGAAGUCUUAAAAAUACUUGAUGAUAACCUAACACCAUCUGCAGAACAACAUGCAUCAUUAAAGUAUUUAAAUAUGGUUAUUCGUGAAAAUCUUAGAUUAUAUCCUCCGGUCCCAACUUUGCCAUUACGUGUAUUAACUGAAGACUUAAAAUAUAAAAACUUUUUACUUCCAGCUGGUACAUUUAUUGGUCUCUUUCUAUACGGGAUACAAAAUUCUUCAAAGCUUUGGGAAAAUCCUGAAAAGUUUUUGCCUGAGAGGUUCGAAAAUGAACACGAGAAUUAUUCUUGGCUGGCUUUUGGUGGUGGAUCUAGAAUUGUACAUAAAGAUGGAUUAAAAAUCCGUAGAGGAAUGUCUCCAUAUCAUAUCGAGCUUAUUUUUAAGAGAAGGAAUGAAUAA